AUGCGGUCUGGUGUACCAGUCUAUAACUCUGCCUCUGCUCUUCUUCUUGCGACGGCAUCUUGGCCCUCCUUGUGCGCUGCCGUGCCGUCAACGGGUGUCUGGUCACGCCGAUCACUGGUACUGGACUUUGAUCCCGCCCCGCCGCCCGACGAAGGCCCUGAAUUAUCAGCCGGUGCGCUUCGUGAUCCAUCCUACCUCCCGGCCCAAAUUGGCGGCAUCGUUGGUGCAUACGGCUUCUCGCUGGUGCUGGUCGCCUUCCUUCUCCUUGCUCUUGCCAAAACCCGCCGUGAACACCUCGAGAACCGUGACCUCCCGGAAAACGAGAGCACGUUUGUCUCAUUCAACCCCUUUCCCCAACCGUUCUUGCUCCAAUCCGAGGAGGAGUACAAGAAACAUCUCCAGCAAUUCCAGACACAGACCCUCACCGUCCAAACCAAUUUCCCCCAGAGUCCUGUGAGGAACUUCUCUCUGCCCUCGGGCUCACCAUUAAGCCCAACAAGGUCCGGUCCCCUCAGCCCAUCCAGGUCCCAGCACUCGCUUUAUACCACACACUCGCCCUCAUCGACCAUCCUACCACCGGGUAGUGACCUUAUAUUCAACCCGACAGUACAACGAGACAGAGCCAUGGCGCAAGAACAAUUGGCUGAGAUGUACAAGUAUGUUAUGGCGCACGAGGAGGCCAAGGCUGAAGGGAGGGAAUAUACCGGCCCUGAUUUGACCUCCCCUUCGUCAAAGUCGGUGGCCAGCAGCAAGCGGGAGAGAAACAAGCCGUCGAAUUUGAAUCUGGCCUCUUCAGACGAGAAGGCGCACUCGCGAGGCUCAUCGAUUUUGUCCUUCCUCAAGUCGCCCCGCAAGAAGCCGGCGUCUGCGAUGCAAAUCUCAUCUCCGAUUAUGACGCCCAUGUCUGGCACCUUCCCGCGACGCGAUGAGCAGGAACUGAAUGCCAUCCCCCCUCGUCAUUAUGCCCCGGCGGCCCCGCCCCCUAUCCCAUCAGACCUAGGCUCCCGGCGCCCAACCUUUGCCACCGCCUCUUCGGCUGGCAAUCAGCUCCCAAGCCCAGAUGUCUCUCCUGUCAGCACGCAAAGCAUCGACUCCCGAAUCGAUGCCCCCGUCAGCCAUGCUCCUGCCCGCGAAGCCCGCGCCGCCGCCCGUCGCGAACAACGGGAGCGGGAAGGGCGCGGUGACAAUGGGCGUUUCCACUCUCGCGAUGUAUCAGCAGCCACCAGCGCAUCAGGCGAGCCCGAUCCCGUCUCGGCCGUUUCGGAGAAAUCAACGUCUGGCCUCGUCGGUCUCCCCACUUCCCCCAAGCCGGGCGUCGACCGCUUCCCCAGCCUCGAUUCGCUCCCCACCUCGCCGCGCCCGGGGCAGACUUUCGCCAAGUCAGCCCCGCCCCAGUCGGCAAUCCGCCAGGGCGGCGCGCUGCCGCUGAGAGCGUACGAAUCGUCGCUGACCAGCCCAACGUCAUCGAGCUUCAACACGACCAAGCAGACGGUGUUUACCCGCGCUGAAGGCCCGCUCUCGCCCGGCUUGCGGACACCCUGGACGGGCGCGCCCGUGCCCUACACACCAUAUCAGCCUUUCUCGCCGGUGAUGCCCAUCACCCCGUCGGUGGUGACCAAGGCGGACCGGAAGAGGAUGAAGAAACUGGAGCCGAAGACGCCGACCCUGGAGAUGGUGAAGGCUACCGAAGAAAUCUGGUAG